GACAUGUCGUUCAACUCCCGGUUCGCAAAAGUCAGCUUCAGAAACAGACCGACCCAAACCUCCGUAUCAGGGGAGUCCAUCAAGGAACAGCAGCAAAAGCUGAAAGAGGAGCGUGAAGCUAAACGGGCCCAGCUUGAUGGAAGACAUGACUACAUCCUCAGUAUUGUGGCUUCAUGCCUGGGGCUGGAAAAAUCUGAUGUGGAAGAUGCCAUCCUGGAGGGGAAUCAGAUUGAACGCAUGGAGCAGUUCUUUGUGGCUGAGGGCCUCCCACAUCUCAUGUUCUACUAUCAGGAAACUGAACCUCCUGAAACAGCAGCAGCAGCAGCAGCCUCUGCCCCCUCGCAGCUUGUUGCCCAGCAGCCUGGUCGCAGUAAGAGGUCUAAAGUGUUUGUGACAGACGGGAAAGAUGUAGCCUUGACUGGAGUGUGUGUCUUCUUCACCAGAGCCAACACAUCUAAGGCAAUCACCUCUGAGAACAUACACAGGGAUGUUAACUUCAAUAUGUUGGAUACAACAGAGGUGGGUCUGUUGAAAAGUGUCGAGCAGCUUCUCUCUGAAAUCUUCAUUCCCACUCUGAGGAAGAUGAACCAUGGCUGGGGAGAAUUAGCCAGUCCUCAGGCCCAGGCUGUCAAACAGGAUUUCAUAUCAUCACUGGAAAGCUUUGUUUCUGUUUUGGCUGGAGCACAGGAGAGCCUGCAAGAAAAGGUGACUUUGAAAGAAUGUGACAUGUUUGAUCUGCGGGUGCUGAAAACCCCAUCAGACUACAUGGCAGCAGCCAACAGUACAGAGACAACAGACAAGAUAGAGGCCUGCAUGAAAAUCUGGAUCAAACAAAUAGAACAGGUUCUGGCUGAGGGUGACCAGUUGAGAAAGGAAGCAGAUGACCUUGGCCCGCGGGCUGAAUUGGACCAUUGGAAGAAACGGAUGUCCCGCUUCAACUACCUUUUGGACCAGCUUAAGAGCCCUGACGUCAAGGCUGUAUUGGGUGUGCUUUUGUUGGCCAAAUCUAAACUUAUCAAGACUUGGCGGGAAUUGGACACCAGAAUCACUGAUGCUGCCAAUGAGGCCAAAGACAAUGUCAAGUACCUCUACAGUCUGGAGAAGUUCUGUGACCCACUUUACAACAGUGACCCUGUAUCGAUGGUGGAUGCAAUUCCUGGUCUGAUCAAUGCCAUCAGGAUGAUUCAUAGCAUCUCUCGCUACUACAACACAUCUGAAAAGAUUACAUCACUGUUUGUUAAGGUGACAAACCAGAUGAUCACAGCCUGCAAGGCCUACAUCACCAACAAUAGCUCUAAUUCAAUAUGGGACCAGCCCCAAGAACAAGUGGCCGAGAAAAUAAGAGCUGCCAUCCAUCUAAACCAGGAAUAUCAGCGGUAUUUCCAUAAGACCAAACAGAAUCUGGAAGAGACUCCAUCAGAGAGACAGUUUGACUUCAGUGAGGUGUACAUCUUUGGGAAAUUUGACACAUUCCAACGACGACUCAACAAGAUCUUGGAACUGUUCAGCACUAUUUCCACCUACUCUGUGCUACAAGACUCUAAGAUAGAGGGACUGGAGACGUUGGCCACCAGGUUUCAGACUGCAGAAAUGCAGGGAAAAUGGGAGGCUAUUGUGCUGAACAUGAAGAACAAACAUUACAGCUUUCUAGACCACAGAAGAGCUGACUUUGACACUGACUAUGAGGAAUUCUGCAAAAGCACGUCUGAACUGCAUAAUCAGCUAAAGAGUUUCAUGAACAGCACCUUUGAAAAUAUUCAGAAUACAGAGAGAGCUCUAAACGUGCUGAAGAAAUUUGAGAGACUAGGCAUUCCAGACCUUGGCAUUGAUGAGAAGUAUCAGCGCAUUUUGCAGAACUACGGCCGGGACAUUGAAAUGGUCUCCCAUAUUUACAUGAAGCAGAAACUGGACCCUCCCAUUGGCAGAAACAUGCCCCCGGUGGCAGGGCGGAUCAUGUGGGCUCGACUACUUUACAGCAGAAUUCAGGUUCCCAUGGAUCUCUUUCAACAGCAUCCAGGGGUUCUUUCCACACCUGAGGCCAAAAAAAUUAUCAAAAACUACAAUAGGGUUGCAAGGGUUCUGGUUGAGUUUGAGAUACUGCAUCAUCACAACUGGAUGAAAACGAUGGAGGAUGCCCGAGUGGGUUUACAAGCAUCUCUGCUCGUCAGAUCCCCAGAGACAGGAGAGCUGUUUGUGAAUUUUGACCCAGAGAUUCUGACCCAGAUAAGGGAAGCCCACUGCAUGACAAGGAUGAACUUGGAUAUCCCUCCUUUUGCUGCCCUACUGCAGCAGAAACAGGAUACCCUCAAAAAGAACUACAACAAAGUACAGUUAAUGUUGAGUGAGAACACCAGAGUGCGGGCGAAGAUACAGAUUGCCUUCGAACAGCUGGCCACGCCACAUGUAGCUAAGGUGGAUGAUGCUAUACUGCCAGGUUUGACCUCCCUCAACUGGACGUCUCUGAACAUAGACAAGUACCUCAGCCGCAUUGACAAAGCAUUAGUGGACCUAGAGCUGCUGAUGGACAGGGUGAAUGACUUGGUGGAGUUCAGGAUAGAUGCAGUUCUGCAGGAGAUGAGUGGAUCCACACUGUGUAUCCUGCCAGAGGAUGAACCGGUCACUUGUGAAGAGUUUGUUCAGACCACAAGGGACCUGUGUAUAAAACAAGCCCAGAGUCUCCAUACUAAGAGCUCAUUGGUGGAGGAGGCGGCUAAUGAACUGAUCAACAUGCUGAUGGAGUUUGACCACAAUCACAAAGAAGAAGUGGACAAAGUUGAGGAAGAAAGCAGCAAUGAGAGCAAGACAUUAGAACACAUUGACAGUGAAGGUGAAGACGAGGGCCGGUCAGAGGACCGUCUCUUCUCUAGAAACACCAUGGUUCCUCCUGCCAGUGUUGGUCCUUCCUCACCAUUAAUGAGGAGGAAGAAAAGAAGGGACUUGAUGGAAGUGAUGGAGGAGGAAGCCCUGGAGUUACUCUCCUACUUCAACCAUCGCAAUGUGGACGCCUUACUCAGACUGACUCGCAACACUCUGGAAAUGCUACGCAAGCGCAUCCACUCUUCCUCACUUAUGCAUUUCUUGGGUGAAAGUGACUCACUGAGUUACAACAAGAGCAGCAAUCAGCCUUCAAUCUUCAGAGUCAACGUGACCCUCGCCAUCCCAAACAUUGCCAUGAUUCCAGCUCUAGAGGAGGUCCAGCAGGCUCUGAACUUGGCUGUAGAGUGUGUGGUCAGUGUUAGUAAGGGAGUCGGCCAGUGGAGUAAAGAGAGGAUCUCCAAAAGAAAAAUGAAUGAAAGACGAAUGGCAGGUCUGAAACGAGAAAGUUCUGAGAGUGAAUCAGAGGAUGGAGCAACAACAUACAGGAGCCUGGCAGAUGGCAGCAUCUCCGAUAUAUCUGCGUCUGUGAUUCAGUCAAUUCCAUUCCAAUCUAGGAACUACUACAAGAGUGUGUCUGAGAACAAAGAGAUCGUGAAGCUGGUCUCUGUGCUCAGCACCUCCAUCAGCUCCACAAGAAAGGAUGUGAUGGCUGCUCUGGAGCGUUUUAGCCGCUACCAUCACAUCUGGAGGAAGGAUCGUGAAGGCACCAUGCAGAAGUUCAUUCAAGGAAAUCCGUUACUGUCAGAGUUUGAAAGUCAGAUUCUCUAUUAUCAAGACCUGCAGCAGGAAAUAAACUCUGAAGCUGAGUACAUCACCGUAGGAGCUUUAUCUCUGUUUACAGCCGACCUGAAGAUGUCUCUCACUGCCGAAACCAAAAGCUGGAUGAUGGACUACGGUCUGUACUGUAACAGGAAGUAUCGGUCGGAAAUGGAGCACAUCUUUACUUUGGUAGAUGAAGCAGGAAAGAAACUAAAUCGGCAGAUCAAAGACCUAGAUGACAUUCGCAUUGCCAUGGCAGCACUCAAGGAGAUCAGAGAGCACCAAAUAUCAAUAGAUUUUCAAGUUGGACCUAUAGAGGAGUCUUAUGCCAUGCUCCAUAAAUUUGAGCUGUCGGUGGCAAAAGAAGAGGUUGAUAAGGUAGAUACGCUGCGUUACACCUGGGAAAAGCUAAUGUCCAGGAGCACAGAGGUGCAGAAUGAACUGGUGGCCCUGCAGCCGAACUUCAGAGGAGAACUGGUGAACAAUAUGGAGGUGUUUAUGGAAGACUGCCAGCAUUUCUACAAGGAAUAUGAGAAGGACGGUCCUAUGGUAGUGGGGCUAGCUCCUCAAGAUGCCAGCGAUAGACUCAUCAUGUUCCAGAAUCGAUUUGACAACCUGUUCAGGAAGUACAUAACUUACACAGGUGGAGAGGAGUUGUUUGGCCUUCCUGUUACCCAGCAUCCUCAGCUGCUGGAGAUUAGAAAGCAGCUGACUCUGCUGCAAAAGCUGUACGGCCUCUACAACAACGUAAUCGAAACGGUCAAUGGUUACUAUGAUAUCCUCUGGACUGAUAUCCACAUUGAAAGGAUCAAUAAUGAACUGCUGGAUUUUCAGACAAGAUGUCGCAAGCUGCCCCGUGCUCUGAAAGAGUGGCAGGCCUUCCUGGACCUGAAGAAAACCAUUGACGAAUUCAGUGAGUGUUGCCCCCUGCUGGAACUGAUGACCAACAAGGCCAUGAUGACCCGCCACUGGAAGAGAAUUACUGAGGUGACUGGGCACACAUUUGAAGUGGAAACUGAAGCAUUCAAGCUACGAAACAUUAUGGAGGCUCCUCUGCUCAAGUAUAAAGAGGAAAUUGAGGACAUCUGCAUCAGCGCAGUAAAGGAGCGAGACAUCGAACAGAAGUUGAAACAAGUGAUUGCAGAAUGGGACAACAAGAGUUUUACAUUCACCAUCUUUAAGACACGUGGUGAGCUGCUACUGAGAGGAGACAGCACAUCAGAGAUAAUAACCAGCAUGGAGGACAGUCUGAUGAUUUUAGGAUCCCUUAUGAACAACAGAUACAAUACCCCAUUUAAAGCCCAGAUUCAGAAGUGGGUUCAAAAUCUUUCCAACACCAGCGAUAUCAUAGAAAACUGGAUGACGGUGCAGAAUCUGUGGAUCUACCUGGAGGCUGUAUUUGUUGGUGGAGACAUUGCUAAACAGCUGCCUAAGGAAGCAAAGCGUUUCUCAAACAUUGAUAAAUCAUGGGUGAAGAUCAUGAUGCGAGCUCAUGAGAUGCCCAAUGUGGUGCAGUCGUGUGUGGGAGAUGAGACCAUGGGACAGUUGCUUCCUCAUCUUCUUGAACAGCUGGAAAUCUGCCAGAAGUCACUUACAGGGUAUUUGGAAAAGAAGCGUCUGUUGUUUCCUCGUUUCUUCUUUGUCUCGGACCCUGCCCUGCUGGAGAUCCUGGGCCAGGCGUCAGACUCCCAUACCAUCCAAGCCCACCUGCUUAACGUCUUUGACAACAUUAAAACUGUUCGAUUUCAUGACAAGGUGUAUGAUCGUAUUCUGGCCGUGUCAUCACGUGAAGGGGAAACUGUGGAGCUGGAGCAUCCUGUUACAGCAGAGGGAAAUGUGGAGUUCUGGCUUAACGCUUUACUGAAGGAAUCCCAGAGGUCUUUGCACCUUGUGAUUCGACAGGCUGCCCUGACUAUCCAGGAGCCUGGUUUCCAGCUGAUUGACUUUCUUAACUCCUUCCCAGCUCAGGUUGGCUUGCUGGGGAUUCAGAUGAUAUGGACAAGAGACGCAGAGGAGGCUUUGACGAACGCCCGAUAUGACCGCCGUAUUAUGGCUAAAACCAACCAGCUGUUCUUGGAUCUUCUCAACACACUGAUUGACAUGACCACAAGAGACCUGGAGGCUGUGGAGAGGACCAAGUAUGAGACUCUCAUCACCAUCCAUGUCCACCAGAGGGACAUAUUUGAUGACCUGUGCCGGCUACACGUCAAAAGCCCCAAUGACUUUGAGUGGCUGAAGCAGUGCCGUUUCUACUUCAAUGAAGACUCAGACAAGAUGAUCAUCAACAUCACAGACGUGGGUUUUGUCUACCAGAAUGAAUUCUUGGGCUGCACUGAAAGGCUUGUCAUUACACCGUUGACUGACAGGUGCUACAUUACUUUGGCUCAGGCUCUGGGUAUGAGUAUGGGUGGAGCCCCAGCCGGUCCUGCAGGAACAGGUAAGACAGAGACAAUCAAAGACAUGGGCCGCUGCCUUGGAAAGUACGUUGUGGUCUUCAACUGUUCUGACCAGAUGGACUUCAGAGGCCUUGGAAGAAUAUUCAAAGGUCUGGCUCAAUCCGGUUCCUGGGGCUGUUUUGACGAGUUCAACCGCAUUGACCUCCCAGUUCUGUCGGUGGCGGCCCAACAGAUCGCUAUUGUGCUCACCUGCAAGAAGGAGCGACGCAAAAACUUCAUCUUCACCGACGGGGACAAUGUGGAUAUGAAUCCUGAGUUUGGCAUCUUUCUUACUAUGAACCCUGGAUAUGCAGGUCGCCAAGAGCUUCCUGAAAACCUGAAGAUUAACUUUCGCUCUGUGGCCAUGAUGGUUCCAGAUCGCCAAAUUAUUAUUCGGGUAAAAUUAGCCAGCUGUGGGUUCAUCGACAACAUGGAGCUGGCUCGCAAGUUCUUUACUCUCUACAAACUGUGUGAGGAGCAACUCUCCAAGCAGGUGCACUAUGACUUUGGCCUGAGGAACAUUCUGUCUGUGCUGCGAACACUGGGAGCAGCCAAACGUGCCAACCCCAAUGACACAGAGUCCACCAUUGUGAUGAGGGUCCUCAGGGACAUGAACCUCUCCAAACUGAUUGAUGAGGAUGAACCCCUCUUCCUGAGCUUGAUUGAGGACCUCUUCCCUGGAAUCCAACUUGAUAAAGCAGGCUACCCUGAACUAGAGGAUGCUAUUGACACACAAGUUGAGGAAGCGGGCCUGAUCAGCCACCCUCCGUGGAAACUGAAGGUCAUCCAACUGUUCGAGACUCAGAGGGUCCGACAUGGCAUGAUGGCGCUGGGGCCCAGUGGUGCUGGAAAGACAACAUGCAUACACACACUCAUGAAAGCCAUGACAGAAUGUGGUCAGCCUCACAGAGAAAUGCGCAUGAACCCCAAAGCCAUCACAGCACCUCAGAUGUUCGGUCGACUGGAUGUAGCCACUAACGACUGGACUGAUGGUAUCUUCUCUACGCUUUGGAGGAAAACACUGAGAGCAAAAAAAGGAGAGCACAUCUGGAUUGUCUUGGAUGGACCGGUUGAUGCUAUUUGGAUCGAAAACCUUAACUCAGUCCUGGAUGAUAAUAGGACCCUUACCCUGGCAAAUGGAGACCGCAUACCCAUGGCACCCAACUGUAAGGUGGUGUUUGAGCCUCAUAACAUCGACAAUGCAUCUCCUGCUACUGUCUCCCGCAACGGCAUGGUGUUCAUGAGCUCAUCUGUGCUCAACUGGAGCCCGAUACUGGAGGGCUGGUUAAAGAAACGCUCACCUCAGGAAGCAGAAGUGCUGAGAGAACUCUUCACGUUCUCCUUCCCUGAGCUUUACUGUUUCAGUGUGCAGUCACUGGAGUUCAAGAUGGAAUUGCUAGAGGCCUUCGUCAUAAUGCAGUGCAUCAACAUGCUGCAGGGACUCAUUCCACCAAAGGAUCAGUGUGGUGAGAUUUCAAGAGAGCAUUUGGAGCGACUUUAUGUCUUUGCUCUGAUGUGGAGCACUGGAGCGUUACUAGAGCUGGACGACCGGAGGAAGAUGGAGAUCUGGAUCAGAGCGAAUGAAAGCAUUUGCCUGAAUUUGCCAGACAUUCCUCUUGACAGUGAAGACACCAUGUUUGACUACUAUGUCACAGCAGAUGGUCACUGGGUCCACUGGAACACCAAGGUGGAGGAGUACAUUUAUCCAUCUGAAAUCACCCCUGAGUACAGCUCAAUCUUAGUUCCCAAUGUGGACAAUGUUAGAACAGACUUUCUUAUCCAGACCAUAGCAAAACAGGGCAAGGCUGUUUUGCUAAUUGGAGAGCAAGGAACAGCCAAGACUGUUGUCAUCAAGAGCUACAUGUCAAAGUAUGAUCCUGAGACCCACAUGGGCAAGUGUCUCAACUUCUCCUCUGCUACCACACCAUUCAUGUUCCAGAGAACUGUAGAGAGCUAUGUGGAUAAGAGAAUGGGCACUACUUAUGGACCCCCGGCUGGGAAGAAAAUGUCUGUAUUUAUAGAUGAUAUCAACAUGCCUGUCAUCAAUGAGUGGGGGGACCAGGUCACUAAUGAGAUUGUCCGGCAGCUGAUGGAGCAGAACGGAUUCUUCAACCUGGAGAAACCUGGAGAGUUUACAAAUAUUGUGGAUGUUCAGUUCCUCGCAGCUAUGAUCCACCCAGGGGGAGGUCGAAAUGACAUCCCUCAGAGACUGAAAAGGCAGUUUUCCAUCUUUAACUGUACACUGCCCUCCAAUACUUCCAUAGACAAGAUAUUUGGUGUCAUUGGUGAAGGCCAUUUCUGUUCUCGCCGUGGUUUCCUUGAUGAGGUUAUCAACACUGUUCCCUCCUUGGUGUCUCUUACCCGCCAACUGUGGCAGUUGACCAAAAUUAAGAUGCUUCCCACACCAGCCAAGUUCCACUACAUCUUUAACCUCAGGGAUCUGUCCCGGGUCUGGCAAGGCAUGCUUAAUACCAAUGCUGAGGUGGUCAAUUCUACUCAGGUGCUGCUGGCAUUGUGGAAACAUGAGUGCAAACGUGUAAUAGCAGACAGAUUUACUAUGCCUGAAGAUGUGGAGUGGUUCGACCAGGCUUUGGCAGAUCUAGUAGACCAGAAGCUUGGCGAGGAGUACAAGACCAUGGUGGACUAUGGAACCGAUAGGUACUUUGUGGACUUUUUACGAGAUGCACCAGAAGCUACAGGUACUCAUCAAAUUCAUUUAAAUCUAAAACGUUAUAUUGUCACAGGGGAAGAGCCAGAAGACUCUGAUUUUGAUUUGCCCAAAGUGUAUGAGCCGAUAGAGUCAUUUGAAAGUUUGAAAGACCGUCUGAACAUGUUCCUGAGCCAUUAUAAUGAGACUAUCAGGGGAACUGCAAUGGAUAUGGUCUUUUUCCAGGAUGCCAUGAUACAUUUGGUCAAGGUUUCAAGGAUUAUCAGAACCUCCGGAGGUAACGCCUUGUUAGUGGGUGUUGGAGGCUCAGGCAAACAAAGCCUGACCAGACUGGCCUCUUUCAUCGCUGGAUACAGGAUCUUUCAGAUUACUCUAACACGCUCAUACAACACGGCUAAUCUGAUGGAUGACCUCAAGGGUUUGUACAGGACAGCUGGCCAGCACGGCAAAGGCAUCAGCUUCAUUUUUACUGACAACGAGAUCAAAGAUGAAUCUUUCCUCGAGUACAUGAACAACGUCCUAUCAUCUGGAGAGGUAUCCAACCUAUUUGCUCGUGAUGAGAUUGAUGAGAUCCUCAGUGAUCUCAUCCCUAUCAUGAAACGCGAGUUUCCCAGACGACCGCCGACCAAUGAGAACCUGUACGAGUACUUCAUGUCACGGGUCCGACACAAUCUCCAUGUUGUUCUGUGCUUCUCACCUGUCGGGGAAAAGUUCCGUAACAGGGCAUUAAAGUUUCCAGCACUGAUUUCCGGCUGCACUAUGGACUGGUUCAGCCGAUGGCCGAAAGAUGCCCUUGUUGCAGUAUCACAGCACUUCCUGUCCGUCUAUGACAUUGACUGCUCCCUCCAGGUUAAAAGUGAAGUGGUCCAAUGCAUGGGCUCCUUCCAGGAUGGUGUGGCAGAGAAGUGUGUCGACUACUUCCAAAGAUACAGACGCUCCACCCACGUCACACCAAAGUCCUACUUAUCGUUCAUCCAAGGCUACAAAACUAUUUAUAAGGAGAAGAGGUCUGAGGUCCAGACCCUGGCCAACAGGAUGAACACUGGACUCCAGAAGCUCAAAGAAGCAUCUGAGUCUGUAGCAGCACUCAGCAAGGAACUGGAGGUGAAGGAGAAGGAGCUUCAAGUUGCCAAUGACAAGGCUGACAUGGUGUUAAAGGAAGUAACAGUGAAAGCACAGGCAGCAGAGCGUGUAAAAGUUGAAGUCCAGAAGGUGAAGGACAAGGCCCAGGCCAUUGUAGACAGCAUCUCAGCUGACAAGGCUAUCGCUGAGGAGAAACUUGAAGCUGCUAGGCCUGCCCUUGAAGAAGCCGAGGCUGCACUGCAGACAAUCAAACCCUCAGACAUAGCUACUGUACGAACACUCGGCCGUCCACCUCAUCUCAUCAUGAGGAUCAUGGACUGUGUUCUGCUGCUGUUCCAAAGACGGCUCAACCCUGUUAAGAUUGACCCAGAAAAGAAUUGCAAUACACCAUCCUGGCAAGAGUCACUCAAACUCAUGACAGCUGGAAACUUCUUGGGCAGUUUACAGCAAUUCCCCAAAGAUACCAUUAAUGAGGAAAUGGUGGAGUUGCUUCUACCGUAUUUUGACAUGUCCGACUACAACAUUGAAACAGCCAAGAGGGUUUGUGGAAAUGUGGCUGGCCUCGCAUCCUGGACCAAAGCCAUGGCCUCCUUCUUCUCCAUUAACAAGGAAGUUUUACCAUUAAAGGCGAACUUAGCAGUGCAGCAGAAUCGUCUGGCCAUAGCUAAUGUGGACCUUCAGAAGGCGCGUGCUGAGCUGGAUGCCAAGCAGGCGGAGCUGGAUGUUGUUCAGGGAGAGUAUGAGAAGGCCAUGAUGGAGAAACAGACGUUGCUGGAGGAUGCUGAGCGCUGCAGACACAAGAUGCAGACAGCGUCCAGCCUGAUAAGUGGUCUCGCUGGUGAGAAGGAAAGAUGGACAGAGCAGAGCAAGGAGUUCGCUGCCCAGACCAAACGCCUUGUUGGUGAUGUCCUUUUGGCCACGGCGUUUCUCUCGUAUUCAGGCCCCUUUAAUCAAGAGUUUCGGAAUCUCCUGAUGACUGACUGGCAGCGGGAGUUGAAGCAGCGUCACAUCCCAUUUGGAAACAACCUCAAUCUGACUGAAUUACUUAUCGACGCACCCACAGUCAGUGAGUGGAACUUGCAGGGUCUCCCCAAUGAUGACCUGUCCAUCCAGAAUGGCAUCAUUGUCGCCAAAGGUGCCCGUUUCCCCCUCCUAAUUGAUCCCCAGACGCAGGGAAAAAUCUGGAUCAAGAACAAAGAGGCCAAGAAUGAACUGCAGAUCACUUCACUGAAUCAUAGAUAUUUCAAAAACCACCUGGAGGACAGCUUGUCCCUUGGGCGCCCUCUGUUAAUUGAAGACGUAGGGGAGGAGUUGGACCCUGCUCUUGACAACAUCCUUGAAAAGAACUUCAUCAAGACUGGCUCCACAUAUAAGGUAAAAGUGGGAGACAAAGAGGUGGAUGUGAUGAAAGGCUUCAGGCUUUAUGUGACCACCAAGCUGCCGAACCCAGCUUACACCCCCGAGAUCAGCGCUCGCACUUCCAUCAUCGACUUUACCGUCACCAUGAGGGGACUAGAGGACCAGUUACUGGGCCGAGUCAUCCUCACAGAAAAACAGGAGCUGGAAAAGGAGAGGACAGACCUCUUAGAAGAUGUGACAUCUAACAAGAGAAAGAUGAAGGAACUAGAAGACAACCUUCUCUACCGACUGACCAGCACACAGGGAUCACUAGUGGAUGAUGAGAGCCUGAUUACGGUCCUUGGCAACACUAAACGCACAGCUGAUGAGGUCACACAGAAACUACAGAUCGCCGCUGAGACCGAGGUCCAAAUAAAUGCUGCCAGAGAGGAGUACCGACCAGUGGCCACCAGAGGCAGCAUCCUGUACUUCCUCAUCACAGAGAUGAGUAUGGUGAACGUCAUGUAUCAGACCUCUCUGAGACAGUUCCUGGGACUGUUUGAUCUUUCUCUGGCUAGGUCCUUCAAAAGCCCCAUCACCAGCAAACGCAUCGCCAACAUCAUAGAGUUUAUGACCUUCGAGGUUUAUAAGUAUGCAGCACGAGGCCUGUAUGAAGAGCACAAGUUUCUCUUCACUUUGCUGUUGACGCUGAAGAUUGACAUGCAGAGCAACAAAGUCAAACAUGAGGAGUUUCUCACCCUCAUUAAAGGAGGUGCAUCCCUGGACCUUAAAGCCUGUCCCCAGAAACCAGCCAAAUGGAUCCUUGACAUGACUUGGCUCAACCUUGUAGAGCUUAGCAAGCUGUGGCAGUUCUCUGAUAUAUUGGAUCAGAUAACCCGUCAUGAGAAGCAGUGGAAGCUGUGGUUUGAUAAGGAAGCCCCAGAGGAGGAAGUCAUCCCCAACUCCUAUGACCAGACUCUUGACUGUUUCAGACGUCUUCUUCUUAUACGCUGCUGGUGUCCUGACAGGACCAUCGCACAGGCUCGUAAAUACAUAAUGCAAGCAAUGGGGGAGAAGUACACUGAAGGCGUCAUUCUGGACUUGGAGAAGACGUGGGAGGAAUCGGACCCCCGGACACCACUCAUCUGCUUCCUCUCCAUGGGUUCAGACCCGACCGACUCAAUCAUCGCACUAGGGAAGAGACAGAAGAUUGAGACCCGAUAUGUUUCAAUGGGACAAGGACAAGAAGUUCACUCCCGGAAGCUUCUGCAGCAGACCAUGGCUAAUGGUGGCUGGGCCUUACUUCAGAACUGUCACCUGGGUCUGGACUUCAUGGACGAGUUAAUGGACACGGUGACAGAGACAGACUUUGUCCAUGACAGCUUCCGCCUGUGGAUAACCACAGAGGUCCACAGACACUUCCCCAUUACCCUCCUGCAGAUGUCCAUCAAGUUCACCAAUGAACCACCUCAAGGCCUAAAGGCGGGGCUUAAGAGGACCUAUGGAGGUAUUAACCAGGACCUUUUGGAUGUCAGUAACAUGGUACAGUGGAAACCAAUGCUUUAUGGAGUAGCAUUUCUCCACAGUACAGUGCAGGAGAGAAGGAAGUACGGCCCGCUGGGAUGGAACAUCCCCUAUGAGUUCAACCAGGCCGAUCUCAACGCCACAGUCCAGUUUGUCCAGAACCAUCUAGAUGACAUGGACAUCAAAAAGGGAGUGUCGUGGAACACAGUGCGAUACAUGAUCGGAGAGAUUCAGUACGGCGGCCGAGUGACCGAUGACUAUGACAAGCGCCUUCUCAACACCUUUGCUAAAGUGUGGUUCAGCGAGGACAUGUUUGGACCGGACUUCAACUUCUAUAAGGGCUACAGUAUCCCUAAAUGCACCAGUGUGGAGCAGUACUUCACAUACAUUCAGGGCCUACCAGCCUACGACACUCCAGAGGUGUUUGGACUCCACCCUAAUGCAGACAUAACCUACCAGAGUAAACUGGCUAAGGACGUCCUGGACACCAUCCUCAGUAUUCAGCCUAAAGAUAGUUCAUCAGGCGGAGGAGAAACCAGAGAAGCCGUGGUGUACAGACUAGCUGAUGAUAUGCUGGAGAAACUGCCUCCUGACUAUGUCCCAUUUGAAGUGAGGGAACGUCUCCAGGAGAUGGGUCCUUUCAAGCCCAUGAACAUCUUCCUGCGUCAGGAGGUGGACCGGAUGCAGAGGGUCUUAGUUCUGGUCCGAAACACUCUCACUGACCUCAAGUUGGCGAUCGAUGGAACUAUCAUCAUGAGCGAAAACCUGCGGGACGCUCUGGACUGCAUGUAUGACGCCCGCAUCCCUGCACGCUGGAAGAAGGCAUCAUGGGCCUCCAGCACCCUGGGGUUCUGGUUCACAGAGCUGCUUGAGCGAAACCGGCAGUUCCAGGCUUGGAUCUUUGAAGGGCGGCCCAACUGCUUCUGGAUGACAGGCUUCUUCAACCCGCAGGGCUUCCUGACAGCCAUGAGACAGGAGAUUACUCGAGCCAACAAGGGCUGGGCUUUGGACCGCAUGGUUCUGUGCAACGAGGUGACCAGGUGGAUGAAGGACGAUGUCACUCAGCCCCCGGCGGAGGGCGUUUACGUCUACGGCCUCUACCUGGAAGGCGCCGGCUGGGACCGUCGCAGCUGCAAACUCAUCGACUCCAAACCCAAAGUCCUGUUCGAGAUGAUGCCUGUCAUCAGGAUGUACGCGGAGAAUAACGGUGUGAAGGAUCCCCACCUCUACAUGUGUCCAAUCUACAAGAAGCCGGUCAGGACAGACAUCAAUUACAUCGCAGCUGUGGACCUGAAAACAUCGCUUCCUCCCGAGUACUGGAUCCUACGGGGAGUGGCGCUCCUCUGUGAUGUCAAGUGAUGAUGACAGCCUCCAACAAUAUCUGGGUGAUAUUAGGUAUGUUUUGUCAAGAGGUACAAAAAAAAAAAUGUUACAUGCAACUGAGCCACUUAACUGGAUUGAUUUCAUUAGCAGACUUAAGUGGCGUAAUCUACCUGCUUCACACAGACUGUUACAGGCAGCAUUAGUGCGUUCUUUUAUGAUCCUGCCAUUUAGUGUGAAUUAAGAGCCCAG